GUGUAGAGCUUCUUUUGCUUAAUUUGCGCUAUCACGUAAUUACCCCAGCUUUACCCCAAUUAGCUAGCCAGUAACCGCCUAUCCGGUACUCGGGGUUUUCGGUUUGCGGCGGUACCUUGCCACAGGCCCUCGGUUGCACGGUGAAGCAGCUACUACCCCUCCUACCCAAUCCGAUUUCUUUGUUAAAUAAUAGGUCUCGGCGAUGGCCACCCCGAUAACGCUGCCAUUCCCUCCCGGGACAUUCAAUACCCAGGAGUCUAGGUAGCAUCCAUAAGAAAAGGGGUUUCGUUUCUGUCGAAUUGAGUCGAGUUGAUCUAGCUAUUCCUUACGGCAGUUCAUCAUGCAUCGUCUCAACCGCACGCGAAGCAUCGCUGCCAGCGCAGGCCGCACCGCCACCCGUCUUUCCUACUCUACUUCUGCCUCUACCACCUGCCCUCACGCACUUUCAUCUAAGAUGGCGUCCAGAGCAACGGCAGCCAGGCGCAUAGCGGCCACCGCCCAACACCUGCGGCCUUACAGCGCAUUGGCGUCGACAGCGACCAGCUUCCCGACGACGCACGAACGCAUCGCGAAGCCGGAGGAUACCCCCUAUUUCAUCAACAACGAGUUCGUGGCCAGCAAGGCGGACAAGUUCAUCGAGCUCCGCGACCCCGCCACGAACAACCUGGUGACCCGCGUGCCGCAGAACACGGACGAGGAGCUGCGGGCGGCGGUCGAGAGCGCGCAGAAGGCGUUCCCGGCGUGGAGGAACACGAGCGUGCUCGCGCGGCAGCAGAUCAUGUUCAAGUUCGUAGCGCUGAUCCGCGAGAACUGGGAUAGGCUGGCGGCGAGCAUCACGCUGGAGCAGGGCAAGACGUUCGCGGACGCCAAGGGCGACGUGCUCCGGGGCCUGCAGGUCGCGGAGGCGGCGUGCGGCGCGCCCGAGCUGCUGAAGGGCGAACUGCUCGAGGUGGCCAAGGACAUGGAGACGCGCAGCUACAGGGAGCCGCUCGGCGUCGUGGCGGCCAUCUGCCCCUUCAACUUCCCGGCUAUGAUCCCGCUGUGGUGCAUCCCGAUCGCGACGGUGACCGGCAACACGCUGAUCCUGAAGCCGUCGGAGAGGGACCCCGGCGCUGCGAUGAUCCUGGUCGAGUUGGCGAAGAAAGCUGGAUUCCCCGAUGGCGUGAUUAACGUGAUUCACGGCGCGCACAAGACGGUUGAUUUCAUCCUAGACGCCCCGGAGAUCAAGGCUAUCAGCUUCGUGGGAGGUAAUAAGGCCGGCGAGUACAUCUUUACUCGGGGAUCCGCGAACGGGAAGAGGGUGCAAGCCAACCUCGGCGCCAAGAACCACGGCGUUGUCAUGCAGGAUGCCAAUAAGAAUCACUUCAUUAAUGCGGUCGCGGGUGCUGCGUUUGGCGCCGCCGGCCAAAGGUGUAUGGCUCUCAGCACGCUAGUCAUGGUUGGCGAGACCAAGGAAUGGCUACCGGAGCUGGCUGAGAGCGCGAAGAAGCUUCAAGUUAACGGUGGCUUUGAGGCGGGUGCGGAUCUAGGCCCUAUCAUCUCGCCGCAGAGUAAAGAGCGGAUUGAGAGCUUGAUCGCCAGCGCCGAGAAAGAGGGCGCGACGAUUUUGUUAGAUGGUCGUGGAUACAAGCCGGCCAAGUACCCCGACGGAAACUGGGUCGCCCCAACUAUCAUCAGCAAUGUUACGCCGGAUAUGAAGUGCUACACAGAAGAAAUCUUCGGGCCGGUGCUAGUGACGUUGAACGUGGACACGCUAGACGAAGCGAUCGAGCUGAUCAACCGCAACGAGUACGGCAACGGCACGGCCAUCUUCACGCGGUCGGGGGCGACGGCGGAGGCGUUCAGGAAGAACAUCGAGGCUGGGCAGGUGGGCAUCAACGUGCCGAUCCCGGUGCCGCUGCCGAUGUUCUCGUUCACGGGCAACAAGAAGAGCAUCGCUGGAGGCGGCGCCAACACGUUCUACGGCAGACCGGGAAUCAACUUUUACACUCAGCAGAAGACGGUGACGGCUCUGUGGUCAAGCGCCGAUGCUAUUUCGAGGAAGGCGGACGUGGCCAUGCCCACGCAUAGUUAGGGGUAAUGUGGACUGGAAGGAUUGGACUGACUUGUUAUGGGGGGAUUAGGUGCUAUCUAGGUAUUAAGAGAGAAAAUUGUUUGAGGCGAGAUGUUAUGUAUAUAUGUACAUACGCAAGGCAAUGAAAGGUCCUUGCAUGCUAUCAGGUAGAAUGAGAUGAAAUAACUGUUAUUCAAAGUCAGGGGUAGUAUUCGUUAAGGACUUGUACUAGGUAUUCAAUACGUAUUACGUAAUAUCAUGUUUAAUUCAAACUGUCUGGUUUCUCCUUACA